AUGUCACUCAAGCAGGAGAUUGAAACAUGGGUGCGAGCAUUGGAGCAUUAUGACUACAACGAAUAUGAUGCUGCUCUCCGAGCAUUCAUGACAGUGGCAGAUACAUCCAAGAUACUCUUCAAUUGCGCCGUGAUACACGCGACACUGGGAGAGCAUACUCAAGCUAGAGCGAUUCACUUCGAUCAAUACAUGGCGAUAGCCUAUUUUCAGCAAGGUGUCUCGAAUUUUCUUCUAGGCGACUUUGAAGAAGCUCUUGCUAAUUUCAACGAUACUCUACUCUAUCUUCGUGGCAACAGAUGGAUUGACUAUGAUCAGCUGGGUCUCAAAUUCAAGCUCCACUCUUGCGAAGCACUUUUCAAUCGUGGUCUCUGCUACAUCUAUCUUCAGCAACGGAGUGCUGGUCUUCAGGAUCUGUUCUAUGCUUCCAAGGAAAAGGCUGUACCCGAUCACGAUGUCAUCGACGAAGCGAUACAUGAACAAGCUGAGGUGAGUCUUCUGUUACCAAACGAGGCAAAGGUCAAGAACAUCAAGUCCAAGAAUUACCUCGGGACGUCGACCUUGGUGCGGGCUCAAGAUCGAUCUAACCAAGUCUUCCUGAACUCUCGACGUAAUUUGACUGCCUCUAGCUUUGCGGUAGACGACCGUCCUGAGGAAAAGCUAUCAUAUGCUGCCAUCAAUCUCGUGAAACCAGGUCUCGCAAGUCGUUCGCGUCAGCAGUCAGAGCCACCUAUUCACCGGAACAUGUUUCCACCGACUCCUCCACCAGAAGCCGAUAGAGCAGCUUCGACGACAGCGGUGAACACAAAACGUAAAUCGUCCGAAAGCACAGCAAGUAUGCCAACAGGAAUGCAUCAAAGCCGUCCUUCGAUAUCAAAACCUGCCAAACUGGAUCUAGGACUGGCCGCUUUCGAGCAGACAUCUUCAUCAACGACGAGUCUUGUGUUAGAGAAGCCACGACUAGGAACCAAGAGAUCUGCUUCGGAGAGACCUAGAGCACGAGACACACAGUCAUCACGCUCGAGUCCACCGAGACUGCGUGAACACGACAGACGCUCUGAUACUCACCACGCCAAUGAUGAUUCACACGUCUUGCGACCAGAUGUGUAUACACCAGACACGGUAGCCACAGCUGUACAACAAGCACUCUCCGAGCCCGAGAAACUACAACCGAUGACUUUCCACCAUCAACGCACCAGAUCAGGAGGACAAUCUUUGCGCGAAUACCCUCGAUCCAUCGCAGAAGAAGACGAAAGUCCUGAGGAAGAAGUCAAAGACACGCAGCCAUCCUUCGAGGAGGACUCUUCUCUCCAAGCCCUCCAGACCACUAUCACAAACGCACUACCCUAUGAAUUCACACCUGCCGUUCAACAACAGCCACAACCCGCUCUUCCCACCCUUCGCAAGAUCCGCGUAAAGGUGUUUGCAACAGACACGCGCUAUGUCAUGAUACAGCCCGACGUCUCUUACGACACAUUUGUAGAGCAGAUACGCAAGAAAUUUGGCCUCACAGGUAAAGAAAGCUUCAAAUUGAAAAUGAAGGAUGAAGAGGGAGACAUGGUUACCAUGGGCGACGAGGACGACUUGGAGAUGAUGGUUGUGACUGCAAAGGAGCAAGCGGGCAAAGAUGGAGCUGAGAUGGGCAAGAUGGAGGUUUGGGUACAAGAGCUGUAA